AAUAAUUGUCUACCUGUAUCAUUUAAAAUUAAAAUAAUCCGUAUACUGUGCAUAGCUGAAAGAUUAUAUUAAAUCAGCAAUUUUAUACGCGUAAUUACACUCGUGUUGUUGUUUGUUGAUGCAAGAGAUUACCGUAAUAGAUACCCUGUCAGCUAUUUUUCGGAUAGGCUAUUUCGGAUAAUGUGAGAAAGAGCAACACAGCAUUGAUAUUUGUCUUAUUUGAGACUUAAGAUCUUUUUCAGUGAGGGGCUACAUUACUGAAAUGCCAACAGUUUCAUUCAAGAAUGAUACCGGAUCGGAAGUCACAGUUAAUCUGUUUGGUGCCACUGUUACCUCGUGGAAACAUGAAGGAGAGGAAUUCCUUUUCUGCAGCAAACAGGCAGUGUUUGAUGACAAAAAGGCAAUAAGAGGUGGAAUUCCAAUAGUGUUCCCACAAUUUGGUCCAUGGGAUCUGGGCCCACAACACGGGUUUGCACGCAUCAAGAUGUGGAAGCAGACAUCAGAGGCACAUCAUGGUGACAACGGUGCAGUUAGCAUGGAUUUCGCAUUAGAGGAUGAUGAUGAAACUCGGAAAAUGUGGAACAAACAGUUCAAACUUGUCUACACUGUUACGCUGAUGCAAAAUACGCUUGAAACAGCUUUAACUGUCCAUAAUACAGGGGACACAGAGUUUGACUUCACAACUCUGUUGCACACGUACAUGCGGGUAGAGGACAUCUACCAGACCAGCCUGCAUGGUCUUGAGGGAUGCACCUUCAGUGACAAGGUGAAUGGUGGGGAACACGUGGAGGAUAGGGCCAGCAUCAUCAUCAAUCAGAACUAUGAUAGGGUCUAUGUCAAUGUGGAUGGCCCAGUGAAUAUAUGCCAAGACAUCCAAACACUAGGAACUCUGCGAAUAGAGCGGAAUAACCUUCCAGAUGUUGUUGUGUGGAACCCAUGGCAAGAGAAGGCCAAGGCAAUGGCAGACCUUGCAGAUUCUGAGUACGUGGAAAUGUUGUGUGUUGAGGCUGGUGCAGUUAGCUCCCCUGUCGUGUUGAAGUCUGGAGAACAGAAAACAUUCUCCCAACGGCUCAUCAUCUGUCGUGGUCAACAAGUUACUUUAUAGCUUUAUAAGUGACAAAAUGUGAUAUUUUUUCAUCAUGUAUUAUUUUCAUAGCAUAUAUAUAGCUUUAUAUUUAAAAAAUCGGGGUCAUAUUUAACAAGAGUAAAUUAUACAUGUAUAUUAAUCAUGCUUUGUUAAUUAACUUGGAGCUAAGCUUAUUUGUAGGGAUGGGAACAGAUAUGUGAAAGCGGCUGAAAUAUUCAAAUCCAAUUUCUGAUUUAAUUAUUUGAUUUUUAUGAAAAUAGAAUGCAAAAAAGUAUAAGUGCAUUGUCGUAUUUUUGAUAUAGUUCAGAGGACUAACGUUUAUCAGUCAUUGUUUUUAUUACAGCUGACAUUUAAAUCAAUGGUUUAAAAAUCUAAUAUCUCAAUAUUUUUUAAUAAUAAAUAACAUCUAUUCAAAACCCAUUAAAGAAUUUGUGCCUAUUUCUACUAAUUUGCAACUAUUGUCUGCUACUUAAAUGGCUACCUAUUUACUGGUGCUAAACUUUGUAUUUACCUUUAAUGAAGAAUGGCUAUUCUUAUUUCAUAUUGCUGUUGCAAAGUGUAAAGUGUUUACAAUCAUGUUGCUCAAAACACCCAAUGCCUUAAUACAAAUUGUAUAUUUUUAAUAUUAAAUAUGUACUUAUUUAACUGUGUAUUAAAAUUGAGCAUUAUAUAUACAUGUAUACGCAAGAAAGUCCCAGUUUGAAAAAAAAUUAUUUUGAUAAUAUAAAUGUCCUAUAAUUUGUUAUAAAAUUAUGUCACCUUUUGAUAGGGCGGGAUUAAUUGCUUUAUUUCUGUUUGUAAGUUGGAUAGUGGGUCAUUAGACCUUUCUUUUCUGCACGAGGAUGCUUUGACCUACAAUCAGUCAGUGUGAUGGUUUCUUGUGAGGAGAGAAAGUCAUCCGAGGUCAAUAGUUCAAAGGUAUCAGCAGCUUGUAGCAUGAAACUAUAUAGAUAUAAUCAUUACUUUGAGUACCGUUAGUACUUAGAAUACUGUCAAGCACACAUUCAAUUAAUAAUAAAAUAUUAUAUUAUAGUUUUGCCAUCACUAAAUGUUUUUUUCCCUACCAGUUCAUUUAACAGUAUGUUGAUCUUAAUUUCUGGCUUAUUUAUAAACUUAGGGGAGAGACAUCAUUAAAAAGUAGUUAUUCAUAUUAGGAAGUGUCUGUGUGUGUGGGGGGGGGGGGGGCAUUCAUGUUUUAAACAUAAACAUCUCUUGUUCUGAUAGAUAAAUAUAUCAUUUGCAACUUACGCAACCAUGCAUUUAAUUGAUUAUUAAACAUUAACAUAACACCUAUGCAGCAAAAACGUGAAUAAAUUAGCAAACUUG